GCCUCUCUACUUACAAGCUUGUAUUUUACAAUCUCUAAAUAUAUUUCUCUAUUGAAAAUGAAGUUUAUUAUCAACCUAAACACUUUUAGAUUGAUAUUUUUGAUUGCGCUUUGUGUGUGGUGUUCAAGCUUUGAAACUUGUAAUGGCAGAGAAGGCGUGAUGAUCAGGUCAUCAUAUUGGAGAAAACUCAAAGCGGCUUCUGGGUCUUCCACUUUUAAUGUGUUAGACUAUGGUGCUAAAGGUGAUGGAAAAGCAGACGAUACAAAGGCAUUUCAACAAGCUUGGGCAGCAGCUUGCAACGUGAAGGGAUCAAGGGUUUUGGUUCCAUCAGGGUCUGUGUUUCUCGUGAAAAUAAUCUCCUUCAAAGGCGGAACCUGUCAGCCCAACAUCUUUUUUCAGGUGGAUGGUAAAAUCAUCGCACCAACAAGCGCUUCAGCGUGGGGCUCAGGAACGUUGCAAUGGCUUGAGUUCAAAGAGCUUAACAAGUUUACAAUCAAAGGCAAAGGAGUGAUUGAUGGCCAAGGCUCUGUCUGGUGGAAUCGUCGCUCAGGAUUCCCAACAACAAAACCAACGGCACUAAGGUUCUAUGGAAGUAAUGGUGUAACGGUGACGGGCAUAACGAUUCAGCAGAGUCAGCAGACACAUCUCAAGUUUGAUUCAUGCACUAACGUCCAAGUCUCUGCCAUUACCGUUUCUUCACCCGGAGAUAGCCCCAACACUGAUGGCAUUCAUCUCCAGAAUUCUCAAGACGUUGUUAUCUACAGCAGUACUCUUGCUUGUGGAGAUGACUGUGUGUCUAUUCAAACUGGAUGUUCCAAUGUAUACAUACACAACGUCAAUUGUGGGCCACGUCAUGGGAUCAGUAUUGGAGGUUUGGGAAAAGACAACACAAGAGCCUGUGUUUCUAAUGUCACUGUCAGAGACACUACAUUCCAAAACAGCUUAACAGCUGUUAGAAUCAAGACAUGGCAAGGAGGUUCAGGCUCAGUUCAUGACAUCAGAUUCUCAGACAUUCAAGUCUCAGAGGUUGGAACACCGAUAAUGAUCGAUCAGUACUACUGUGACAAGAGAAAGUGUGGAAAUGAUUCAUCGGCUGUGGCUGUGUCUGGUAUCGAUUAUGUUAACGUUAAAGGGACAUUUUUUAGGGAGGCUGUGAGGUUCGCAUGUAGUGAUGCUGUGCCAUGUACUGGUCUAACGUUAGACACUGUACAGCUACAACCUCAAUCAAGCAAACAAGGUUCAAGCUUUGAUAAUAAUGGUGCUUUCUGUUGGAAGGCAUUUGGAGAGUUGAAGACUAAAACAGUCCCUGCAUUAGAUGACUGUCUACAAUCAGGCAACCCGUCGUCCAGAAUCAAUUCUAAUCAAGAUUCCUGCUAGUUCAUCACUGUCGAUUAUUGUCUUUGUGUGUGUGUGUGUGUGUGUACUGUUUCCCUAAAGUUUUAUACUUCAUAGCUGAUAAAUGUUUUAGAAUUAAUACUGGGAUUUGUGUGUAAAGUGUGAACCAUAUAUAUUAUACUCAUAUAUGUAAUAUACUAAUAUGGGUGUCGAAAAGAACCAUAGUGUAAAAGGAAAAUUGGUCUUUAAAUUCAGUUCGUCCUCUUGUUGGCUUGUGGGAUUGAUCAAUUUGCUGUCAUAUGGCAUAUCAUACAUAUAUUGUAAAAUAUUGCAUUGUGGACAGUGUCGGGGAGGUCAAUGUGUAUAAAUUAAUUCAUCUCUCACGUUUUGUUGAA